AUGGCAACCAUGCAUGAAGUUUUUGCUGGCUAUGAUGCACGUCAGGCCAUCCUCGCUACUAGCACAAAUCCAUUUGCGAAGGGCAUCGCGUGGGUUGAUGGAGAGCUAGUCCCUCUCCACGAAGCGCGGAUCCCCCUUCUGGAUCAAGGUUUCAUGCAUAGUGACCUCACCUACGACGUGCCAUCUGUCUGGGAUGGUCGAUUCUUCCGGCUUGAUAACCACCUCGAACGACUUGAAGCCAGCUGCACCAAAAUGAGUAUCCGUGACGCUUUUGUUGAGAUUAUUGUCACUCGCGGAUUAAAGGGUGUUCGGGGUACAGACCCCAAGGAUAUUGUCAACCGGAUUUAUAUGUUUGUACAACCUUAUGUCUGGGUUAUGGAACCUGAGGUCCAGCCUAUCGGGGGGACAGCAAUCAUCACGCGCAAUGUUCGACGCAUUCCACCAGGCUCAAUGGACCCUACAGUUAAGAACCUCCAAUGGGGUGACCUAACUCGCGGCCUUCAAGAAGCUAGCGAUCGUGGCGCAACAUACCCAUUUUUGACAGAUGGGGAUACCAACCUCACUGAGGGUUCUGGAUUUAACAUUGUACUUGUGAAAGAUGGCAUUUUGUACACCCCUCAGCGUGGUGUACUUGAAGGAGUUACUCGCAGGAGUGUCAUUGAUGUUGCACGAACCAAAGAUCUUGAAAUAAACGUUGAGACUGUGCCCGUGCAAAUGGUCUACGAUGCCGAUGAGAUUUUCAUGUGCACCACCGCGGGCGGCAUUAUGCCUAUUACCAGUCUUGAUGGGAAAGCUGUCAAUGGUGGCUCCGUUGGACCUAUUACCAAAAGCAUCUGGGAUGGAUAUUGGGAUAUUCACUAUGAUAACGUCUUCAGUUUCGGGGUCGAUUAUAAAGAUGGACGACAAAAUACUUCUCAUGCCUCUUGA